AUGACAAUCAACUACAAAGACUGUGACAUUCUGAGCGAAAAAUUAUGUGAAAAAGACACAGAAGACUUCAAACUCAACUUCAUUACAAAUAGACUUAAUAAAACCUUAAAUCUGCUUGAUGUAUGUCACAGUCUUGAUAAAGUUAUUGAAGCAAUAGGAAAGAAAUUGAAAAAGGUGGACCUAUUUCCAAAUAUCCAACCUGGUACUCUAUUUAAUGUAAACUUAAGUAUGCCAAAGGACCCGACCUACAACGAAACUUUCAUAGAUACCUAUCACAAAGGAGAUGUAUUUUGGCAUUCUACUUUGGAGAAAUAUCCUACUGGUUUCGUCCAUUUUGACAGGGAUAAAAACACUUCUAAAAUGAUUUACUUGUGGAUCUCCAAAUAUGGUAUGGAGUCUUUCUUAGAAGGAUUUCAAAGACACGGAAUGCUUCACUAUAUGAUCACUGCGGAAAACUUACACGCCGGACACGGACUAAACACUACUUGCAAAACUGGAGUUUGUGUUGGAAGGUUAGUCCCGUCGCUAGCAAAGAAAUAUCCAGAUUCUUUCAUGGACCUAGACCUUUAUAGUCUGAAAACACCAAACAUAACAUUUGAAAAGGAUUUAGCCGUUUUGUCAGGAAAGAUAGUUAUGUUCGUUAAUAUCAGGGACCCCCGACCAGGGCUUGGAAAUUUCACUCAAAUUGCAAAAUUGGAUGUGAGUGUGACUUUACGAAUCCAAGUAUACAUCAUGAAUGAAACCAGAAUACGAGGAAAAGUUGUCGCUUUUGAUCCAUAUAUAGAGAAUAUUGACGUUGGUCCUGAAAUUACAGGCUUUGAUCAACAGACAAUAAACUUUAUCCUGCUAGGAGCAGUUGUGGUGACAGCGGAACCUAAACUAAAUGAAUUAGGGGAAAGAGGCUUUUGUAUACCAAUAAUUCAUGCAAAGCUGAAGAAUACCACCAUUCAAUUGAUAGACAAAGCUAUCGUUAUUGGAGGUGAUGUUGAGUAUGGUAAUAAUACAAAUUGUACUUCCUCUUUCUUUUAAAUGCAAUUUACAUACAUAAGUUACAGUUUGAAUACUUCAUUUACAAUGAUGGUUUAUAUUAUAAUCAGUUCUUGAAUAUUAUUUUCAUGCUUUUCAAUACAGUUGAUGUAAAUUACA